AUGUCCACGCUUAAAGCGGCGAGGGCUGAUAAUUUCUACUAUCCGCCGGAUGGAGCUAGCUGGGAGGAGCAGCGCAGGCGUAUGCGCAAGACGCCGAAGAGGCCGCGCAGCCAUUUCAUCGGUUCGGCCAGCAGAUACGCCGGUGAUGCUGGCACAUCGGACAGUACACACGUUGGAGCCGAUGACGAAGCCUUGGCACCCUUCCGUCGUGGCUCAGGUCGCGGUCCAGUCAUCCGCUUCGAAAUGCCAUUCAAGGUCAUAUGCCUCAAGUGCGACGCCUUCAUCGCAAAGGGAGUACGAUUCGACGCUGAGAGGAAGGCGAUCGGGAAGUACUUCUCGACAACGAUAUACUCGUUUUUAAUGAGCUGCCAGUUCUGCAACAACCCUAUCGUUAUACAGACGGAUCCGGAGAACACUGACUAUCUGUGCAAGUUCGGCGUGCGCAAGAAGGUCGAAACGUUCGACACCGCCGAUGCGAAAACGGUGGAGCUCGGGCAUGACGAUGCAACCAAGCAGCAGCUUUUGUCAAACCCGCUGUUUAGGCUAGAAUGCAUGGCUCUGGAGGAGGAGGCCGCAGCCAAAGGAACCGCUCCGGAUGACGUUGCGCCAAAAAUACAAAACGCCAGGACAAUAACGCAAGAUGAUCGCAAACGAGUAGGCACAGGCGCACUUGUGCCACAGUCCGGUAUUGGUCGCCCAAAUCCCAGGGAUGCGGUCACCAACUCCAAGGACGGAACAGCGGCACCGAUAAUCGACAGCAAACUGGACGACCUGCUGAAGAUAAACGAGGUUAACAGCGGAGACUGGUUUAUUGCCAACUCUGCGUUACGUAAGAAAUUCCGAGAGGAAAAGAAAAACCUGAAAACUAUCGCCAACUUCAACCUCAAACUUCUUGACGAGAACGAAAAGGAUGCGCAGGAAGCGCGCAAAAUAACGUUCCUAUCGCAAUCUGGCAAAAUCAAAGCUCAUUUCAAGCGCAUAAUCAAAAAGGAUUCGGGUAUAUUUUCGCGCACAUGCGCCUCCUCCACCAGCGGUGAUUCUACCAUCGACGACAAACGCAGGAGGCUUCAAUUCAUAAAGCACGUCGACGCGAAGUUAAAAAGAAGUGCAAAACGUACGUUUUGA